GCUUUGCCUCUGCUUCAAAAUGGCGUACCAUUCUGCAAAGAAACUUGACGAUCUCCGCUUCAAAGAUGACGGCCUUUCCACUCUCACUUCAGAAGAGCAAGAGAAAGUCGAACAGCUGGUGGGAAGAAAUUAUACUGCGUACUUUCGAGUCAAAAGUCUAGACCCGGAAGUGCCACUAUUCCGCCAGAAACACGUUCACUACCUCAAGCGAGGUCUGCAUCAUCUGUCUGAAGCUUAUGAAUGUUUGGACGCCAGCCGACCUUGGCUUUGUUACUGGAUCUUACACGGGCUGGAACUACUCAAUGAGUCAAUAACUCCUGAAGAAAUCUCUCGAACUGCUGAUUUUUUGAGACGCUGUCAAUAUCCUUCUGGGGGCUUUUCAGGGGGGCCACAACAAGUUCCUCAUCUUGCUCCUACAUAUGCAGCUGUUUGCGCGCUCUGCAUCCUGGGGACGAAGGAGGCUUAUGACAUCAUCGACCGACCUAAGCUGAAGUCUUUCUUGCUGAGUCGCCGUACAGCUGAAGGCGCAUUUACAAUGCAUCGCGAUGGUGAGGUAGAUAUCAGAGGUGCAUACUGCGCUGUAGUUGCAGCGUAUCUUACAAAUAUCGUCACCCCAGAUUUGUUUGAGGGGACAGCAGAGUGGAUCACCAAAUGCCAGAGUUAUGAAGGUGGAUUUUCAGGAGAACCUGGUUUAGAAGCCCAUGGGGGAUAUACCUUCUGUGGAUAUGCGGCAUUGGUUUUGUUGGGUAGACAGGAUUUAAUUGAUAACAAGCGUCUACUUCAUUGGGUGGCGAGUCGGCAGAUGCGUCUUGAGGGUGGUUUCCAAGGGAGAACCAAUAAACUGGUAGAUGGCUGCUAUUCUUUCUGGCAAGGUGGAAUAUUUCCUUUGCUUCAUACCGUUCUUGGUGCUACUACAGAUGGAAACUCACUGAGUAAUGAGAAAUGGAUGUUUGAUCAAGUUGCUCUUCAAGAUUAUUUGUUGAUGAACUGUCAGCUUCAUCACGGAGGACUUGUUGACAAACCUGGAAAAUCACGUGACUUCUAUCACACAUGCUACUGCCUCAGUGGUUUGUCUGUGGCUCAACACUUUGUCAACAAGAAUCAAAGCAAUCUAACCAUAGUAGGAGGACAAGAGAAUCAUCUGGCUCCCAUUCACCCAGUAUUUAACAUCGGUGUGCAUUGUGCAGCCCAGGCUUUGGCAUACUUCAGGAAACAGCCACUUCUGUGAGAGAAAUCUUAUUGGAAUUGACGAUCAUUUAGUUUUAUUUUAUAGCAAUUAAUUCAAAUUGACCUUAUUUUGUUGGCUCCAUUUAUGAGUACUGUUCUGUUUUAGGUUAUACAAUAUCAAUAUACUGUCUAGAGGACAGCAGGGCUGUCACUAAGGUUUCAAGUUGUUGGGUAUAUCAGUGAGUAUGUUUAGCAGGAGAGACACGCGCAUCUCAAUGACGGAUAUUUCAUACUAUAACUGGUGAUGUAAAAUCUGUCCAGAAUUUGGUCAGGAGCCCUCUAUACACUGUUAAUAGUUAUUGUUUACAAAUGACAGACAAGAGACAAAAGGUCACAAAAGUCAAAUGUAAAUGUGAUGAAUCUACUACAAAACAUUCAUUAUUCGUGGAAUACAUUGACAGGGUAUAUUCUUCUUCAGAAGAAACAUUUGAGUGUUACUGCAGCUCAUUUGCAGAAGAACUCAAAAAACCAUAAUAGACCAGAAGAGACAUAAACAUGAACAAAUUUACAUUUCUACCAGAGUAAUUAUGUAAACAUUGAGUGACGUACUUAGAAGGGAGUUUCUGUCAUUGAGGCGCAGAUGUCUCUUGGGUGAAACAUCCCUAGCAGUGAGAAUCAAGGAGUGACAGUUGUAUUUCCAGGCAAUCCGGUUUGGGCACCAACUUGGGCUGUCUGUAAUGACAGACUUGGAGGUAUGUAUACUCCACCCAGCAAACACUAAGUAAAGGUAAAAGGAAGUGGAUAUUUUGUACAACAGCCAUUGCAGUAAUAACAAACAAAAAUAGUGUGUUGUUUUACUUAUCAGUGAAAUUUGUCUUUCACAAUAUUGCCUUUGCUCUUCCGUUAUUUGUAUUUUCUUUGGGAUGAAAGUGCAUCCCUUUUGAAAUAAUAAUUAAUUAUUGGAAUUGUUUUGAAACAAAAACAAAACAAGCUUUUUUUAUCAAGUGUGUAAGUUCAUUUUAGCUGAGCAUUCAAAUAGAACUUUUUUAUAAGAACUAUUAAGAGCAAACAAUUUUAUUAUUAUGGAUCAAGGUUAAGGCUGUGCUAUAGUGGCGCCUGGUGGUCCCUGGUACCUAUCUUUUGCCCUUGGAUUUCUAGAAAAUCUUUUUUUUUUCUUUAAAGAAAUGCUGGGCACCCUAGUUUUUCAGUUUUCAUAGAGCCCAGCCUUAAAGAUAGUCAUCAUGGUUUGUGGGGAAGAAGUCCCCACCAAUGAUCAGUGAACUGUAAUGGCUUAAAACUUCACAAAACAUGAUCUGUGGAUUUUACUGGACUAAAAUUAUUUAAAUAUCCAUGUUAGAAAAUGUAAUGGCAGUUUUCAUAAUACCAGCUCUCUAGGCACAUGAAAAGAUCAUCAGGAGGGUUUGUGAAGAAGGUCUACAGUAAAACCCACAAGUAAGAACCUGAAAAUUAAGAACCUGUUAGCCUAAAAUUUGCCAUUUAUACCCCCUAUAAACAAGAACCUGUUUAGAAAAUGAAAAACGUAGAAAAUGAAAAACAGGUUCUUAUGUUUGAAAGUCAUAUUAGGGAAAGCAGCUGCAAAACUGUGCAAGAAUCCUGUUUGGAGAAUUAGGAACUUGG